CCGAGACUAAGCAGCAGCAUGGAUGGAUGGGGCGGAUGCUAUCGAUGGGGACUCUUGCUGCUGCUCUGCGGCUGCGCCUUUGCUCUCCCCACAGACACCGCUGCCUUCAGACGGAUCUUCCUCAAGAAGAUGCCCUCAGUCCGGGACAACCUGAAGGAGCGGGGAGUGGACAUGGCCAGGCUCAGUACCCAGUGGAGCCAGGUCACCAAGAAGCUCUCCUCUGGCAAUCAUACCACCCCUGUGGUCCUCACCAACUACCUGGACAUCCAGUACUAUGGAGAGAUCGGCAUCGGUACCCCACCCCAGACCUUCAAAGUCAUCUUUGACACAGGUUCAGCCAACCUCUGGGUGCCCUCUACCAAGUGCAGCCCUCUCUACACUGCCUGUGAGACCCACAGCCGUUAUGACUCUGCGGAAUCCUCCAGCUACAUGGAGAAUGGGACGGAAUUCACCAUCCACUACGGCUCAGGGGAGGUCAAAGGCUUCCUGAGCCAGGACAUUGUGACCGUGGGUGGGAUCACGGUGACACAGGUGUUUGGAGAGGUCACAGAGCUGCCCCUGAUACCCUUCAUGCUGGCCAAGUUCGACGGGAUCCUGGGCAUGGGCUUUCCUGCCCAGGCUGUGGGUGGCAUCACCCCCGUCUUUGACCACAUCCUCUCCCAGAGGAUCCUAAAGGAGGAUGUCUUCUCUGUCUACUACAGCAGGGACUCCCACCUGCCAGGAGGAGAGCUGGUGCUGGGGGGCAGCGACCCCCAGCACUACCAAGGGAAUUUCCACUACGUGAGCAUCAGCAAGCCGGGCUCCUGGCAGAUCACAAUGAAGGGGGUGUCCGUGGGAUCGACCACCUUGCUGUGUGAGGAGGGCUGCGUAGCAGUGGUGGACACAGGAGCCUCCUAUAUCUCGGCUCCCACCAGCUCGCUGAGGCUGAUCAUGGAGGCACUGGGGGCCAAGGAGCAGAGCGCAGAUGAAUAUGUUGUGAACUGCAAUGAGGUGCCCACACUCCCCGACAUCUCCUUCCACCUGGGGGGCAGAGCCUACACACUCACCGGCGGGGACUACGUACUACAGGACUCCUACAGAAACAAUGACCUGUGCACAUUGGCCCUCCACGGCCUGGACAUCCCUCCACCCACUGGGCCUCUCUGGGUCUUGGGUGCCAGCUUUAUCCGCAAGUUCUACACCGAGUUUGAUCGGCAUAACAAUCGCAUUGGCUUUGCUUUGGCCCGCUGAGGCCCUUCAACUGUCUGGAUGACCUUGUCUUCUGUACAAGCAGGAAGCUGCUACAUUUUCUAGGAGGCCCCUCUGCCUAGGCUCCGCCCUCAUGUGAGGACACCGCUUAGCCCCGCCCCCCAGCACCAGCCCUUUCCUGC